AUGUAUCCCAUACUACUUCUAGGACUUAUUUGGCUAACGGGCAAUGCGCAGGCGCACCCCACCUCGUACUCGCCUAGGUCCUCCUCGAACGUCGUCUCUAUCGCAAAGACCAACUUCCUUGGCACCGUGCGAAGUGCAACUACGCAUGUCACCCGUGAUCUCGGCUUCCAAGGGCAGAUCGGUCAAUAUGUCCUUCUCACCUACGGCGAUACCAUGUAUAGCGAUGGGAACUAUAGCGACCACUGGCGCGGCAUGACCAGUGACUCGGUCGCUCUUGCCACCAAAAACCCACUCGUUGUCAUCGAUCCAAACCUGGACGACGAUGGCUAUCCCAAACAGUUCUGUCCGGUUGUCAAACACUUUGGCGAGGACCCGGCUGAGUGCGCACUUGGUAUCACGAAUGUGGUCGAGACCGAGCCUGGUCAAGGCAUCUUGUACUUCCUCCUCAACCACCGCCCUGGCGGGAUUAACAACCUCAAAGGGGCAGGUGUUGCGACCGUAGCCCUAUCCGACACUUAUCCUCCAGUUCCGUCCGUCAAACGCCUGGGACAGUACUGGUGGGACGGCGAGACGGAGCCUUGGUACGGCGAUGUCGGCGCCAUUCGUACCAACGGGUACAUAUAUUCCUAUGGGCAUGCUAAGGACAACCCAUGGGUAUACCUGGCACGCGUACGUUGGCAAGAGGUCACAUCGCUUGAUGCGUAUGAAUACUGGAACGGCGAUAACUUCCAGAAAGAGCGGCUGAAGACCAAGGACAUCGGCGAGAAAGAAAGUGUUUUCUGGCAGAUCAACCAGGGCCAGGUCAUCUGGUCGGAGCACUUCAACGAAUAUCUUUUUGUCUACUGUGACAACUUUUGGAACAGCAAAGUGCAAGCUAGGCGCGCACCGGCUCCCGAAGGCCCUUGGUCGGAAGCUUUUGAGCUUUAUCAAGCCCACCCGAUCACAGAGGGCAGCACCUGCUACGCAGCCGUGCCUCACCCGUACUACGACCCGAGCGGGAAGACACUGGUCGUUACCUUCACGAAUCACCCGAAUACUAUUCAAGCCGUUCGUGUGACAUUUGCUUAG